AUGACUGCCGCUGCUGCCGCUUCACAGCUACUCGUCAAAUAUGCCUCUGACAUAUCAACCAUCUUUAUCAGAGAUGUAAUCACAAAUACAACAGCCACAGAUUCAGAUGACUCCACCGCUUCCAUAGAUGCUUGUUCUUCAGAUAACGACUACGAUGGCCGCAUGGGUGCUCGCAUUUCCGCCAUAUUUGUCAUUCUCGUUGCCGGAACUUUUGGUGCACUGUUCCCCGUUGUUUCUUCCAGUGUCCCCAGACUUCACAUACCGCCAAUCAUCUUCUUCAUGGCCAAAUAUUUUGGUUCCGGUGUCAUUGUCGCAACCAGUUUAAUCCAUCUUCUUCAACCAGCAAACGAAAACCUUACAGACGAAUGUUUAGGUGAAGGCUGGUCUGUUUACCCAUACGCUUAUGGUAUUGCUCUCGGAUCCCUCUUUGGUACAUUUUUUGUAGAACUUAUCUCUAGAAGAUAUCUUGAAAAGCGCGGCAUUGAACAUACACAUGGAGAUACUGGGUUUGAAGCACAUGGCCACAGCCAUGACCAUACUGUGCCUGGUACUUCAAAUGACAUUGAAGCUUCACCUUCUCACGUUCACACUCACGACAAUAAUACAGACCCUUCUCAAGAUGACACUGAGGAAAAAAUUGGUUCAGGUUUGGAUUCUUCCCGUUACAAAGAAACUCAAUAUUAUGAUGGCUAUACUGAUUCCGAUGCUGAAAGCGCCAAGGAACGUAACUUGGCCAUGCAGCUCGGCUCUAUCUUCAUUUUAGAGUUUGGUAUUAUUUUCCACUCAGUCUUUAUUGGUCUAUCUCUUGCGGUAAGCGGUAGUGAGUUCACCUCGUUAUACAUUGUUCUUGUUUUCCACCAAAUGUUUGAAGGCCUUGGUCUCGGUACUCGUAUCGCCGUUGCGCCUUGGCCAGAACGCAAAAAAUGGCUGCCUUGGGCUCUUGGUAUUGCCUAUGGUUUUACUACUCCCAUCGCUAUUGCCAUUGGCCUUGGUGUUCGCGAAUCUUAUCCUCCUGGAAGCUCUCGUGCUCUCAUUACAAAUGGUAUCUUUGAUGCAAUCUCGGCAGGCAUUCUUCUUUAUGUUGGUCUCGUCGAGCUUGUUGGUAAUGAAUUUAUGCAUAACGACGAAGUUCGCAAGGGAUCCACAAAAAUGGUUAUUUUCGCCUAUUUUUGCAUGAUGGCCGGUGCCGGUCUUAUGGCUCUUCUUGGUAGAUGGGCCUAA